AUGUUCUCCGAUCCCGUCUCGUCGCUGUACUGGCGGCCUCCUGAUGUCGCCCACUAUGACAUGGAGGCCCUUUUAUUCUCCUCGUCGGGCUGGCUACGCACUGCCUGCGUCGUGUCGGCCCUCUUCUGGGUCGCCUUCCGCGCCUACCAAGUCCUCUCACAGCCCGUAAAAAAACUAGUACAGGUGCUCGGCCUCGAAAUGGCGAGGUGCUCCAAUGGAAGCGGCCAGACCAGCGAGCAUCCGUCAUCAAGGACGAGAGACGCAUCAAUGGCAUAG